UCUAACACAUUAUUAAAAAUAAUCUCCCCAGUACAGAAACCUUUGACUUACAUUGGUUCUGGAAUACCUGUUUUGCUGUUCUUCCCAUUUAAAUUUCUCUUUAAUAUUAAAGAUGAAAUAGAUGAUCUUUAUGUGCCUGGAAGCUGAAAAAUUCCUCUGAUUCUUAUAAUCAAAUCUUAGCCUAGUAUCUUCAGUGAUAGUGUGUGUCACUAAUCAAAUAUUUAUUGUAUUUUUUUUCCUGAAAAUUUCAAGGUUGUUGUUUUAGUGAAAACUAAAUAAAAACAUAGAUAAACAAAACUAAAGGUUGUUUUAAUAGAGAUCAGUCAUGGUUUGAUUUGGUCUUGAAGUCAAAAUCUGAAUUCUCUCUUUUUAGUUACAGGAUUUGUAUGUUGUUUUGUAAUAGUGCAGUUAACUGCCUUAUUUUUGUCAACCAUUUUAAAGCAAUUUAUGGUUGAGCAUAAUUUAUAUGACUAACUCAUUCUCUCUGGUGGUGGAUCUGUGGUGGCAAAAUCAGAGACUGAAACGAUUGUCACUAAACUAUUUUUGCAAUAUGACUAUAAAGUUCAGAGAGUGUGUAUACAUGUGUUUGUGUAUAUGUGUGUGUGUUCAUCUAUAUUGUAUGUAUAUUUACACACACAAGCAGUAUUCAUCAAAGCAGUUGUUUUGAGUGAACAUCUGGUGUAAUAUGACAAUGAAGAGAAGACUGCUUGGGUUGAAAAUCCCAGCUGAAUGGUGUGAUUUCUAGCAAGUUACUUAAUUUCUUGAGCAACAAGAGUCUUCAUCUAUAAAAUGAGGACACUGAUAAUACUAAUCUCAUAGGGUUAUGUAAAAAUAAAAUGAGAAAAAUACAAAUAAAGUGCUUAGAACAGUGUCUUCCAUAAAGUUCUCAGUAAAUAAGGUAGCUUGUUAAUGUUAUUAUUGUUGUCAUUGGUGCUCUGUGUUUGAUAUAUUGCAGAUCCUACCUCAGAGGAAGAACAGUUUAGUCUUUUAUUAGCCUGUAUCAGAAAUAUUUAUUAGUAAUAAAACUGAUGUUGAAAAUUAUGAUUUUUCUUAUCCUAGCAAAUGACUGUCCAUUUCUGCCUCCCUGAGGAUAGAAGAUACAUUGCUAAAUGCUUAAUUUUGAUUGUUAAACCCAGCUGUGUAAAGAAGGCUGUGAGUUCUAUAGAUCCACAGAGGGGGUAAAUCUUGAGUUUAGGCAUUAAAAGGGGGGAACAGAGGGGCUUCUACGCCUGGUGCAGGAGCUAGGAGGCCCGAGAUUGUGCCUGGAAUAGUGGUGCACCAUGUCCUGGGCUUCCAGCGCUGGUUUUGACUGACGCAUUACCAUUUUUUCUCCCGAGGGAUGGAAUAUGCUUUUAAGACUAUUAACUGGGGUGGCCUUACAUCAGUAGCUGUCAGAGGGAAAGACUGUGCAGUAAUUGUCACACAGAAGAAAGUACCUGACAAAUUACUGGCUUCCAGCACAGUGACUCACUUAUUCAAGAUAACUGAAAACAUUGGCUGUGUGAUGACAGGAAUGACAGCUGACAGUAGAUCCCAGGUACAGAGGGCACGCUGUGAGGCAGCUAAUUGGAAAUACAAGUAUGGUUACGAAAUUCCCGUGGACAUGCUGUGUAAAAGAAUUGCUGAUAUUUCUCAGGUCUACACACAGAAUGCUGAAAUGAGGCCUCUUGGUUGUUGUAUGAUUUUAAUUGGUAUAGAUGAAGAACCAGGCCCUCAGGUGUACAAGUGUGAUCCUGCAGGUUACUAUUCUGGGUUUAAAGCAACUGCUGCAGGAGUUAAACAAACUGAGUCAACCAGCUUCCUUGAAAAAAAAGUAAAGAAGAAAUUUGAUUGGACCUUUGAACAGACAGUGGAAACUGCGAUUACAUGCCUGUCUACUGUUCUAUCAAUUGAUUUCAAACCUUCAGAAAUAGAAGUUGGAGUAGUUACAGUUGAAAAUCCUAAAUUCAGGAUUCUUACAGAAGCAGAGAUUGACACUCACCUUGUUGCUCUAGCAGAGAGAGACUAGACACUGUAGUUAGUUUACCAAAUCCGUGACACCACUUGCCUGUGUGUUUGGUAACAACAGACCAACAUUUUGGGGGCCCCUUGGUUGAAAAAGGAACUUCUCCCACUCUUGCUGCCACUGAAAUGGUUAGGACUCUGUAUAAAUAAAACCAGUGCUUUUGGGAAAUUAAAAAAAAGGGGGGGGAGAGUAUGAGAAUCUGUGAGGUAAUAGACAAUACAUUGGAAAAGUCCCUGAUGCUGGGAAAGAUUGAGCACAUGAGGAGAAGGGGACGACAGCGG